UCGUGUAUUGGAGGGAUUUAAUAGUAGGACAUCUUAAGUUUAAAUGUCUCCUUAAAAUGGACCCAACAACAGUUACUGCUGACAGUGCAAUCGCAAAACCAAACACUAGUCUUGACAACGAAAACAACAACGAAACAAAGCCUGCAAUAAGUGUUCCACAGACACUCACUGAAAGACUGACUAGUUGUGUAACAAACGUGACGUCAACACGGUCCAAAUCAGAUGAGAAUAAUGGCAAGGACAAAGAAUGUGAAAAUAAAAUACUUGUAACAUUUAAGGAACAUACCAGUGGCGCUGGACAAAAACAAGGUGUCUCCGAAUCAAAACAGCUGGAAAGCGUCACCGUAAAGGAAGAGCUUUCAGGACAGACGGUGCAAGAUCAGCAUCAUGCUCAAACAUCCGCCGAAGCAAAGACAGGAUAUGUAAAAGAAGGUUCGAAACUAUUACAUGAAAUGUUGAUGCGGGGGUCAGAUUUUGCUAAUUCUAUAGCGACCGUUGUGAAAUUGGAACGACCAGAUACUAAUGACACUGCUAACACCCUAGGGAACCCAUCUGCUAAUGGCAACACGGGCCUGGCAUCGCCUUCCAGUUCUGUAGACAGUUCAUGUUCAACAAAUGUAAAACCAGAGAGCACUGAGGAUUCACCCUCCCAAUCGUCUUCAUUUCAAGCGUCUCCCUCCCCUGACGCUACUUCCGGUGACGUCAUGCCCGCGCCUGCGGGACCGGUGGAGGCCCUUAAGCGUCAAGAGAGAAAGACGAGGCGGAGGGGCUCCGCGUGGUCGGACGAAGAGACCGAAUUUCUCUUAGAAAUCUGGGCUCGACAGGCGGAACUUGUGAAAGAUAGAGCAGGGGAUGAGACAGCUACAUGCGCAGCCGUGUAUCGGUUGAUUGCACGAGAAAUGGUGGCCAAGAAUUAUGAUAAAUCGUGGGAGCAGUGUAAGACCAGAAUUCAUACCCUUAAGCGAGCUUACAAGAUAACGAAAGACGAGAUCUCCUCCGGAGCUUCAACGAUCACCUAUUGUCGCCACUUUGAUAAGCUUGGGAUUAUCUCUCUCGAUAAUCCGGACAUCUCGCCGGGAAUUUUAGCCGCAACAUUAGAACAAAACCGCCUCAAACUUGAACAUGAAUGCAAGACGCGUGUACGCAUGCCGGUAAAACGGAAACUUGUCGUAGGCGAGCCGCCGAUAUCUUUGCAAAAGAAGUCACCAACGCCUCCAAAACCACUCCCGUCAUUCAGUACUUUUAACCAUCCAGCCACGUCCACCAGUGCUACUUCUUCCGUAUGGUAUCCACCCGUUGGGACCCCUCCUGCGCCGAACCCGGCUGCUCAGCCCGCCACCCUCUCCGCCCUGCAGCUCUCACUGACCUCACCCCUCAACGUAGCCGCCAAACCAUAUCCGAAGGCGCUUCCACAACCACCGACAUAUCCAUCCUCAAACAACUCCACGCUGCAGAAUGAAACUCAGUCGUUGACGAGUUUCGUCCCUUUGACGGAAAUGAACAAUAACGGCACAGGUCACAUUGACAAGACUGAAUCAAAUACAUUUCGCGAGAAUAUGUCCGCCCAAGACACAGCGUUCUCUCAGUCACAGCAGUGGAAUUCCUUUCCAACUCCGGAAACGUCAAAAGCCCAAAUUGCUCCCAGCGGUCAAGGCUUGCAAGGUGAUCUUGAACGCAUGAAACUUGAUCUAGAGAUGAGAAAACUCGAAGUUGAGCGAGAUAAGAUCGAAAUGGAAGAGAGGCAACGAAGAGAAGAACGAGACCACGAGUAUAGGAUGAUGCAGUUGCUGUUGUUUGGACUAGGUCAGCAGAACACCUCGCAAGUUCUCUUGGGACAAGGGUCAGAGGUCGCGCAUGCGCACACCACCGACCUGUCACGUGCUCUGGAAAACGGACUGGUUCCAGGCGGACAACAGACUGCCAAUGAAAAAGGUUUGUCCUUUAGCGAACUUUGACAUCCUUGGUGUGUUUUUUGUUUAUUUUAUAAUUGCUUCACGACAUCUUGUUUCUCCUCACUUUAAAGGCUGUUUCUGUGUUCUGUUACAUGUUGUAUGUGAAAACAAAUUGUGUGAACAGUUUGGAUGGGUUUUUGUUAGAUAAUUUUGUCAAGACAAUAUCGUUUAUGUAUUUUGUUACUUGUUACUUUGUAAGUUUUUAUUCUUUUUUGUUGCUGUUUGUUAAAGUUUGGCUUUUAUCUUGUAAUAACAAAUUUUUACUUCUCAGAAGUGUAUUGUGAAUAAAUGUAUUCAUGGCUGUUUUGUUAGAUGAUAUGCAGACGUCAAAUAUCAUGGCACUCGAUGCAGUUCUGAAGAUUUGUAGAAUUUUGUAAUGUUUUGAAUCUUUUCAAUUUGGCAGAACUCGCUCUUCAUGUCUUUUUAACAUAAAUAUUCUGAAUCUUAAAUAUAUUUUAAUAUCUUUUAAUAUAUUUUGUGAUACAGUUUUUUUUCAAACUCCAACCAUUUUGAAUCCUAUAUUAUUAUUUUUUAAACUUCAAUCGACACUUGUUUCAAAACCAAUUUAUUCGUGUUUUUUAUGACAUUAAAUUUGAUAUUUUCAUAUAUUUUAUUUGUACAUAGAUAUGCAAACAAUAUUGCUGCUCACUGGUUACUAUGCACUGUAUUCCACAUUUUAGCUUUGUUACAUGUCUUCCAAGAUGUUCUAUUUUACGAUAUGCUCGGUAGCGGAUACUGUUCGUUAUUUUUGUUUAACCUAGUAUAUUUGGUAUAUUUGGUGUAAUGUGCAUUUUAUAUUUGGUAUUAUAUGUAAUUUAUGUUUUGUAUCAAAUGUAUACACGAUAAUGAUUCAUAAACGUUUCUAUGUUAUAAAUUAAAGCAGCCGGGCUCGAUGGUUUUGAAGGAGGGGUAAGAGAGGCUUCUGUCUGAUCUGGCGAGUUAGUGGGGAUCAGAGAGGUUUUGAUCUGAUCGGACGGGGAAGGAGGCGUAAGAGAGGUUUCCGGUCUAAUCGGACCAGGAAAUAGGGGAUAGAAAGGUUUUGAGUGUGAUCGGUUGGGUAAGUUGGGAUUAAAGAGGUUUCCGGUCUGAUCGGGCGGGGAAUGAGAGGUUAGAGAGGUUUCCGGUCUGAUCGGGCGGGAAAUGAGGGGUUAGAGAGGUUUCCGGUCUGAUCGGGCGACAUAGUGGGGAUCAGAGAGGUUUCCAGAAUGAUCGCGCUGGGAAAUGAGGGGUUAGAGAGGUUUCCGGUCUGAUCGGGCGGGAAAUGAGGGGUUAGAGAGGUUUCCGGUCUGAUCGGGCGGGAAAUGAGGGGUUAGAGAGGUUUCCGGUCUGAUCGGGCGGGAAAUGAUGGGGUAAGAGAGGUUCCGGUCUGAUCGGGCGGGAAAUGAGGGGUUAGAGAGGUUUCCGGUCUGAUCGGGCGUCAAAGAGGGGUUAUAGAGGUUUCCGGUCUGAUCGGGCGGGACAUGAGGGGUAAGAGAGGUUUCGGUCUGCUCGCGCUGGGAAAUGAGGGGUUAGAGCGGUUUCCGGUCUGAUCGCGCUGGGAAAUGAGGGGUUAGAGAGGUUUGCGGUGUUAUCGGGCGGGAAAUGAGGGGUUAGAGAGGUUUCCGGUCUGAUCGCGCUGGGAAAUGAGGGGUUAGAGAGGUUUGCGGUGUUAUCGGGCGGGAAAUGAGGGGUUAGAGAGGUGUCCGGUCUUAUCGGGUGGGAUGAGGAGUAAGAGAUGUUUCCGGUCUGAUUGGGCGGGGAAGGAGGGAUAAGAAUUAAUAAGUGAUAAGUGUGGGAAUUUGGCAGGGGAGUUGGACAUGUUUGUGAGCGGAAUUGGUUUAAGGGAAAAUGUUUGCUUAAGCUUAAAGGAACUAGACACCAGAUGCUCCCAAAAUCGGAAAACACAGUAUUUCCCCAUAACAAGCCUAGAAUUAUUAAUACGAGCUAGUAUGUGGCCGAAAAUACAUCAUUUUGCAUGAGUUAAAGAAUAAACGCAAAAAUCAUCGCGCCCACAACAUGUAUCAUAUGAGUUUUCCCUUUUAAACAUAGCGUGGAAUGGUUUCCCCGUUUAAAAAUAGCGCGGAAUGUUUUUCCGAACACCUUGCAAGUCACGUGAUCUUUUCACACACUUACUGUCAAUAAGUGUUUUAGCCAACUCGCUGUCAUUUUAAGCAGUGUUUAUUUAAAUUAAAAGGUUACAUCGAUCAAUUUCAUCAACGAUGUACGUCUGUCGUGCUAUGUAUCUACGUUGUUUUGCAGCAGUUUUCCACUUCCUUGCCCUGUCCGUCCUUUAGGGGAGCCAUGAAGUGUGUAUAAAUAGCAUGUGAACGUCGCGUGAUGAGUGUCGAUAAAUAUACUGUAUCUUUUUAAAACUUAUUGGGUAGACAUGCGGUGUGAUACAUCAUUAAGUAAGAUUAAAUGCCUUGUACACAACGAUGUCAAUUUUAUGGAAGUUCUUGACAAUUUUCUCUUUUUUUUCUUGCAAUUAUAUCAUCUGGUGACUAGUCCCUUUAAUAAAUGGUAUUUUCAUGUUUUUUUUUCUAUUUUGAGGAUAUGAAUUUGGUGAAUGGAUUGAUCUCAGAAAAGAGCAAUUAUAUCUGCUUACGGAAAAUAGUUAUACGUAUUAUAAUUGAUAUAUGUGUUAUAUAACUGUUAUACAAUUGCUUUAACUUAUCUUGUUUACUUUUAAAGAUAAAAAAAUGCAACCUUACGUUUAAGAUAUAAUUUGAUAAAAUUAUUGUAUAAUCAAUCGUUACCAGAGAAUUUGUGAUCACAACUUGGUUGCAUUGUCUCAUUUAAUAUAUUAAACCGUAUUAACAUAGUCAACGUCAAAAAAUAAAUUGUCAUUGUCUCGGCAUUUGAUAUAAUUUUCUAGGAUUUAGAUACAACUCAUUGUAAUGCAAACUAACUGUAUUUUUCCUAUGAUUGUGUAUGUGUACUGUUUAGACAUGCAUAUGAAAUAACAAUUUUGUAUUAAUCAUUAUACGCAUAA